AUGGCCGACAAGGUUGCGAUUGACAAGAAGACUUUCUUCAACCACUUGUCCAACUUCUAUGCGUCAUGGAAGGCUGACAAGCGGUCUGGAAACACCCUGUUCGGUGGUGCAGACUCAAUCGUCAUUCUUAUGGGAAAGACCAACUCGAAUGAGAGCUCAUUUCAGAAGAACAACGCCAUGCACUUCUGGCUCCUCGGAUACGAAUUUCCCGCUACCCUCUUUGUCUUCACCACCGAGGCCGUACACGUUGUCACUACCGCAAAGAAAGCCGAGCUUUUGGAGCCGUUGAAGGGUGGCAAGAUUCCCGUCGAGAUUUUGGUGACUACCAAGGAACCCGAGACUAAGACAAAGGCAUUCGAGAAGUGUCUGAGUGUCAUCAAAGAAGCAGGAAAAAAAGUAGGCACUCUUCCGAAAGAUACGACCACCGGACCCUUCGCCGAUGAAUGGAAAAACGCUUUCAAGGAUGUCCAGAAGGAUGUGGAGGAAGUCGACAUUACCCCCGCGCUUUCAUCCGCCUUCGCCAUCAAGGACCCCGAAGAGCUGGUUUCCAUCCGCAAUGCUUCCAGGGCCUGCAGUGGUCUGAUGUCGGAGUACUUCGUCGAUGAAAUGUCUCGUCUCCUUGAUGAGGAAAAGCAAAUGACACACAAGGCUAUUGCCGCAAAGGUGGAUGGGAAAAUUGACGAUGCGAAGUUCUUCAAUAAGCUUGCGCGUCUGCCGGCCGAGUUCGAUGCCGAGCAGAUCGACUGGGCUUAUGGACCUGUGGUCCAGAGUGGUGGUUCCUACGACUUGAAGCUGACAGCUACAUCCGAUGGCAACAACCUUAAGCCUGGCAUUAUUCUUUCCAGCUUCGGAAUUCGGUAUAAAACCUAUAACUCGCUCAUCGGGCGCACUUAUUUGGUGGACCCGAGCAAGUCUCAAGAAGCAAACUACUCAUUGCUGCUCAAUGUUCACGAUGCUGUGAUGAAGGAGAUCCGUGACGGGGUUGUGGCCAAGGAGCUAUACAACAAGGCGCUCAGCGUAGUCAAAUCGAAGAAGCCUGAGCUCGAGAACCACUUGACAAAGAAUGUUGGUGCCGGAAUCGGUAUUGAGUUGCGCGACUCAAACAUGGUUCUCAAUGCUAAGAACAACCGCCCUCUCAAGAACGGAAUGACGCUCUGUAUCAGCAUCGGGUUCACAGAUCUGAAGGAUGAAGCCAAGGGCAAAGGAAACUACUCUAUGGUCAUUACCGACACAGUCCGAGUAGGAGAGAGUGGUCCCCACAUUUUCACCAAGGAUGCCGGCGUCGAUAUGGACUCUGUCUCCUUCUACUUCGGAGACGAAGAGGAGCCGGAGCAGCCCAAGAAGGAGAAGGAGUUAAAAUCGAGUACCGUGAAUAGCCGAAACGUUACCCGCACGAAGCUCCGUGCUGAACGUCCCAGUCAGAGCAACGAGGGUGCCGAAGCCCGCCGUCGUGAGCAUCAAAAAGAGUUGGCUUCCAAGAAGACCAAGGAAGGUCUUGAUCGAUUUACAGGCACCACCGGAGAUGAUAAUGGUGUGGCGCAGAAGAAGUUCAAGCGCUUCGAGUCUUACAAGCGUGAUAACCAGCUGCCUGCUAAGGUCAAGGACCUCACAAUCUAUGUCGACCACAAAGCCUCGACUGUCAUUGUGCCAAUUAUGGGAAGGCCUGUGCCGUUCCACAUCAACACCAUCAAGAACGCUAGCAAGAGUGACGAGGGCGAAUACGCCUAUUUGCGUAUCAACUUCCUCUCGCCGGGUCAAGGUGUUGGCAGAAAGGAUGACCAACCGUUCGAAGAUCCAUCGGCUCAUUUCGUCCGCAACCUAACAUUGCGGUCCAAGCACAAUGAUCGCAUGGCGCAAGUUGCACAGGACAUCACCGAGCUUCGAAAGAAUGCCCUGCGACGGGAGCAGGAAAAGAAAGAGAUGGAGGACGUGGUUGAGCAAGACAAGCUCGUUGAAAUCAGAAACCGCCGUCCCGUCAAACUGCCUGACGUCUUCCUCCGUCCCCCGCUGGACGGAAAGCGUGUUCCUGGCGAAGUCGAGAUCCACCAAAAUGGUCUCCGCUACCUCUCACCUUUCCGCAAUGAGCAUGUCGAUGUGCUCUUCAGCAAUAUCAAGCAUCUUUUCUUCCAGCCGUGUGACCAUGAACUGAUCGUCUUGAUCCACGUGCACCUCAAAACACCCAUCAUGAUUGGAAAGCGAAAGACGCGCGAUGUUCAGUUCUACCGCGAAGCUACCGAGAUGCAGUUCGAUGAGACGGGAAAUCGCCGCCGCAAGAACCGCUACGGCGAUGAGGAGGAAUUCGAAGCCGAGCAGGAAGAGAGACGCCGAAGGGCUGCCCUGAACCGCGAGUUCAAGGCUUUUACUGAGAAGGUCUCGGAUUCCGGCAAGGAUGAGGGUGUUGAUGUUGAUAUUCCGUUCCGUGAAAUUGGUUUCACUGGUGUGCCCAACCGCUCCAAUGUCCUGAUCCAGCCUACUACGGAUACUCUUGUUCAGCUCACUGAGCCUCCUUUCAUGGUCAUCACUCUCAAUGAGAUUGAAAUUGCCCAUCUAGAGCGCGUGCAGUUCGGGCUCAAAAACUUCGACAUGGUCUUUGUCUUCAAGGACUUCCACCGCCCACCGGUGCACAUCAACACCAUCCCCGUCGAAGCGCUGGAAGGUGUCAAGGACUGGCUCGACUCCGUCGACAUCGCAUACACAGAGGGUCCACUGAACCUGAACUGGUCGACCAUCAUGAAGACGGUCGUCAGCGACCCGUACGGUUUCUUCGCCGACGGAGGUUGGUCAUUCUUGGCCGCUGAGUCCGACUCCGAGGGCUCUGGUGACGAAGAAGAAUCCGCAUUUGAAUUAUCCGAGGAUGAGAUGGGCGAAUCGAGUUCCGAGGGGGACAGCGAGGGGUAUGAUGAUGAUGCUAGCGCUGAUGCUAGUGAAGAUGAGGAAGAGCUCAGCGGCGAGGAAUCUGGCGAGGACUGGGAUGAACUUGAGAAGAAGGCUAAGCGUGCGGAUAAGGAGACUGUUAUGGAAGAUGAGGGUGCUGGUAAGAAGCGCAAGCGGUAA